CGUAGUUCUAGAAAGACAUUUCAUCCAGAUUUGAAGCUUUUUUCUCUCUAAUGUUCAAGCAGCUGGUUCUGUUUGUGUCAGGCUCUUCCUUACCGUCCGGACUGAUACCGAAAGUGAAAGAUUAUCAGUGUUAUAAUGAGCUGUAAGGCUGUCUGCUCGGAUGAAUGAAAAAAAAGAAAUUCAAAUGCAAAUAUGUCGAAACCUGGAUUUGCAAUACCGAAAUAUGACUCACUACACUGUAAAAAAGCUUGUAAACAAGCUGGAGAAGUUGAUGAUCUCAGAUUACCAUGGCCUGAGAAGUCCUGGCUUGACCUGCUUUUUGAACAGUGUGCUGCAAGUGCUUUUCAUGACUGUGGACUUUCGGGAAGCUGUGAAACGAAGUGGCAGGAAAGACCAAACGAGUAUUAAUCACCACCUGAGGGAGCUGUUCUGUACUUUAGAACAAAACAUGGCCAGAACAGACAACAUAAUAAGAGAACUGGGCAUCAAAGAUGUUUACGAACAACGUGAUGCUGCUGAAUACUUAGAGAAGAUCCUGUGUCACACCAGCCUGGAAGCCUCUAAGAUAUUCAAAGGCGAGCUCAAUCAUAAAACCACAUGCCUCAACUGCAAGAAGACAAGCAGCUCAAAAAACCUCUUCUUGGUUCUACCUCUGUCAAUGGGAGAUUCAAGGUCUCAAAGCUACAGCGUGUUAGAUGGAUUAAAUAGUUUCUUUAAGGCCCAGAGAGUCAGCGAGGACAACCAGAUGUUCUGCAACAUCUGCAAUAAAAAGCAAGACACUGACAUCGAAUACGAGAUGAUACGUUGUCCAGACGUUCUGACGCUGCUGCUGAAGAGGUUCUCCUUCGAUUAUCAGCAGAACUGCUACGUCAAGCUAAAGUGCAAAGCGGAUGUGGUCCAGACUUUAGAGAUCCAGAGCUGCAGGUACGACCUCUACGCUGUGGUUCAUCACUUCGGCGAUCUGAUGGGAGGCCAUUACACCGCAGACAUCAAGUCGUUUGAAACUGGGUACUGGUACUGCUUCAACGACAACACGGUUAAAUGUGUCAACAAGCUGUAUUUCAAAUCUGGAAGUAAUUCUAUAAGGUCGACAACAGCUUAUCUCCUCAUGUACAAAAUGGUGAGUGGGCGGGCCAUGAAGAAUAAUGGAAGAUCUCCAGAGGCUUAUUGUGCUCCUUCACUUGACACUGAAAACGGAUUCCAUGAGGGAGAAACCAGACCGGAUCUUAUUUCUGAGGAGCUCCUGAAAACCACAAUUGAAGACAAGGUGGUUAAGGAGACACAUUUAAGCUGUUUAAGAGGAGGGAAUGAACAAUCAAACCAUAUAGCAUCACAGGAAAUACAACAAGACUUGUGGCUUUCAUCAGACACGGACACAAGGCAGCGAUGCUAUUAUAAUAGCACAGAGAUUUACCCAACCUGGACAUCUGACCAACGCUCUGUCCCUCCUAGUAAAGGUGUAGGAGGGAAUGAGGACAAUAAAGCAAAGACUGGAAAAAAUGGGCUUCAUUAUCAUCACAGUCCUCCCAGAAUCUUUACUGCAGAUCGGUUUAAUCACGGGGAGAAUCUGGCAGCAACACGAAACAAUAGCCGUACAGUUUAUGAAGGAAUUGAUGUGAUUAACUAUGUUGCAAAGUCACAAACUGUCUACCCUUCAUUAUCUUCCCUAAAAAGAUCCAACAGCUUUAAGGGAACAGAGAGACUUGGUGCGAUAUACAGCUCUGCAAUCUCACAAAUGGAAAGCCUAAAGAGGAAGAACCUGGUAAAACAGCCUGAGCUCAAAAAACCCAGACAACCCUGGAAAUGAAGGAACGCAGCUUUCUCUUGACGCUAAAUUCGUCAUUUACCGUAGUUUGUCAUAUAAAAAUACAUAAAUGAGUUGAUUUAUUGACAGAGAAUCAGUUGAUAUAGUUAACUGUCUUUGUGCUCCCGUUAAAUGUGACCAUUUCAUUUUUACAUCAGUGAUUUUUUUUGUUCUGCUUUUUUACAUUUUAAUAUGAUUAUAUCCUGACUGAACCAAACCGAAUUUCAGCUCUAACUUAACCGUGGAUCAUGUCAAAAGAAUUGAACAGUGUGAGUGUGUGUUUGGUAUUUUUAGCGCAGUUGUUUUUUUUAAAUCAAAGUUAGCUUCAUGACUGAAACCUUUAUGUUUCUUCUUCAUUGGAAUGUAGAACACCCAGAAAUGUGGUCAGCUUAUGAUCCACAUUUAACUUAAGUUGUAUUGCAAUAUAGCAUUCCAUUAUUAUAACCAUAUAAUACAGGGCAGCUCAGAGAAACAAAAACAGGUAAACACACAGGUGCUGCUAGGGCCAAACCUUCAUGUAGCAUGCUAGAACUCUAAAGCAAAGUUUAAAGUUUAGAAAAGGUUAAUAUUAGAUUAGAAAAGCCUUUCCAACAAAGUUAGAAUGUAAUAUAAAACCAUAAUGGACUGUAGAUCAAUAUGAGAAAGGGAAACCAUGUUUACUUAACAACCCUGGGAAUAAAUGUUGCUUCUAAGGUAGGAAGGGGCUCCUUCAAUACUAGAUGAGAUCAGGGCUGUUACAGUUACCAGCAAACUCACCAAACGUGGCAAUAAAAUGCAUAUUCUUGAGCAGGGAGGACUUUAUGCUGUCCUGAAUUCAGAAAAACUUCAACUAGACACAAAAAAACACUUUUUUGUUUUUUGGUCCUCUUAUUUUUGUCAUACAAUUCCUUUCUGGGAACAUCAAAGGCCAGACAAGACUCUAAAAGACAUACAAUCCAUAAUUGGAAAAUAUUCUCCUUUAUAAUUAGAUUAAAUUACAAUUCUUUCAUGACCAUUCAGUAAUAAUGGAACUUGGUCAUUACCUGUCUGUCCUUAAAGAAUGAGCUCAUAUCCUCAUUUUUUUGGUUACAUAAUGGUUCAAAACUCCUUCAUGGGAAUUUAUUCCAAACCAACUCAUUAUAGGGCUUAUAAAACACCUCUAUUUAAAACGUUAACCUAAAUGUGAAAGUUACCUAAAAGGAAAAUGAUUUAAUUUUUAUUCCCAUCCACAUAGUAAAUUGAAUGGGACAUUCCUCAGUGUCAUUCAGUCGGAGGUUCAUCUGAUCUGAAUAAUGAUACGAUAAGUAAUCCCUUUCUCUUGUUCUGCUCGACCUCAGAGGACUGAGCUGCAACCAGAACCUUUCUUUAAGUUAGAAAAUUAUUUGUUCUGAUGGUAACGUUCUGUUUGUGCAUAUUUGAUAUAUUUUUUUAUUAUUUUGAAUUCGGUCCAUGUUUCUCCUGUAGGCUAUGUUUUCCUGUUUCUCUUUUAAGGCUUAUUAAAAAAAAAAUAGGCAUUAUAUAUUCUGUAGAAAAGUGAUCAGUGUUUAGCUGUUUAUUCUUGAUUAAAGCCAGUAUUAAAU